AUGGGGGAACUUGGUUACCUAAUCACUAUCAGAUUAAGUCUCUUUUGUUCUUCUUCAGCUCUGAUUCAAGCUGCAGAGGUUCCUCAACUGAUCUCUUUGACUCUGGUUGAAUUUGGUGACAAUGUUACUUUUCACUGUACAGUCUCUGAGAAGGACAAAUCAUUUCACUGGUAUAAACAGCCUUUUGGACAAAUGCCCCAAACAGUCGCUUCUAGACUCAACAGAAAAAUAACAGUCAGUGAAGAAUUUAAAGAGCCACGUUUCAACAUCACCAACGAGGGUGCUCACUUUUCUCUCACCAUCAGAAAUGUAACCAAAGUGGAUGAAGCAGUAUAUUUCUGUCAAAAUGGAUCAUCGUAUUCACAGACUUUCAUCAAUGGCACAUUCUUGGCUGUGAACGACAACAAUCAGCAGAAAUCAGUCUAUGUGAAACAAAGUCCGGAGACAGCAUCAGUCCAGCUGGGAGACGCACUGACUUGUCAGUGUUCACUGCUCUCCAAGAACAAAGCAGAAAACACAGAUCAGUGUCCAGGUGAACACAGUGUGUACUGGUUCAGAGCUGGAUCAGGAGGAUUUCAUCCAGGUGUCAUUUACACUCACGGGAACAGGAGUGAUGAAGGAGAGGAAAGGAGCUGUGUCUACAGUCUGUCCAAAACUAUACAUGACCCCUCUGAUACUGGGACUUACUACUGUGCUGUGGUCACAUGUGGACAGAUCCUGUUUGGAGAAGGAACUAAAGUGGAGAUAAGAUCAAAGUUGGAGCUUGUUGUCAUUGUACUUGGAGCACUGUUGGCCUGCUGUGUGACUGUGAUUACCAUCCUUAUGUUCUACAUUAAUGGGAGGAGAGUUUGUGAACAUUGUAAAGGAGCAACAGGAACAACAGCAACAGGAACGUCUUAUAAUUUUGGACAUGACAGGACAACAGUAGAUCAAUCAAAUAAUCCAGAUGGUAACACAGAAGGAGUGAACUAUGCAGCGCUGGAUUUCCCCACAGAAGGAAAUAAAAAGAGGAGAGAGUACAAACGGGGAUGUAUGUAUUCUGAUGUUAGAUCAGAUAAUCUCAACCAGUAAAACCCCUCACUAUAGGCAGAACAGGACCUUUACACUGCUCCAUAACUCUCAGGAGA